CUAUAAUAAUCUUUGAGUCUCUGGUGUUUAGUUCUGUUUGGUGAAUCAGGUUAAAGAAGAUAAAAUGCAUGUAAUAACCAGCAGCUGUUUCCUGCUUUUGUGGAUGCAUACUCUGACUUCUGUGAAAAGCCAAGCAGCUGUAAACUGUAGAAAUCCUGUGAUUGAAGAUGGUGUUGUUCCUGGAAACGUUAAUGAGUACAAUGAAAAUGACGUCCUGAGUUAUACGUGCAAUCCAGGAUAUAAACGUGUUCAAGAAAGAGAUUCAAGAUGCACAAAUUCAGGAGGCAGAUCAGCGUGGAUCCCCACACCUGCAUGUGAAGCAAUAAAAUGUGAGCUGAUGUUGCCACCAGUCAUAGGAACCAUAUACGAACCUUCUUAUAGAAAUAGGUUUUCCCCUGGUGAAAAGGUAAGAGUGACAUGUGGGGACAGAUACUGGAUUUCAGAAGGUCGCAGUCGCAGUCGCUCAGCUGAGACUACUUGCAAAGAGGAUGGACAGUGGACUAUCAGACCAGUGUGUCAAGAGGUUGCAUGCAGCCGUCCCAGAGACAGGUAUUUGUUGCACUGGGGUGAUUCUUGGUUUCAGCAAAAAAAACUGGGCGAUACUGUCAGGUAUGGAUGUAGAUCAGGCUACAGGAGAACAGAUCGUGCCACCCGGGCCACAUGCACCAGAGAUGGGUGGGAACCCAAUCCACUUUGUCAAGAAAUUCCACUCUGUGGGAGACCACCAGCCCUGGAGGAUGGAGACGUCAAGAACACCACAAAAGAACGUUACAACCACAGUGAAACUAUUGAAUACAUGUGUCAAAGUUACUACACUAUGGAGGGAGAGCCCUACAGAACCUGCUACAAUGGUAAAUGGACUGGACAGAUGCGAUGCCUCAAUCCUUGUGUUGCAAAUGAAGAUGAGAUGAGGCAGCAUAAUAUCACUUUCAAAUCAAAUGACUAUAAUAAGUAUUUAGUUCAUGAUGAAAUAAUAGAGUUCAAGUGUGCCAACGGAUUACCUGUUGGUAAAGUGGCAAUGCGUCAGAGAUGUAAUAGUGGAGUGAUUGUCCUGCCAACAUGCCGAGAGGAUCUCAGUUAAUUAGAAAAGACAAAAAAAGAUGUGAAAAAGAGAGUGAAAAGUUAAAAUUAUAUUACUGAUCUUCUGCUUACAAAUGUGGAAAUUUUGAAAAAUGUCAAAUUAUCUGAUCUGGUCUGUUUUCUGCCUUCAUGUAUUUAUCACAGUAUAAGGAAAACUCAUACAUACUCAUAAAGACAUAUUUCUCACAUUGUGUAAGUGCAUGGAUCAAAAUUAAAAUAUAAUAAUUUCUUCUACAAUCACUCUUAAGUGAAGACAUACCUUUUUUUUAAGUUUUUUUAAAGUUUUUUUUUUAAAUGCCAUGUAAACCUGCAUUCUUUUUAAAGGACACCAGGGGGCAAUGGUUGUGGUCACAAAAAGACUUCCAAUCCUAUAGAAGUCCAUGGGAAAACAGUCCUCUACAACUCUGUAAACACUUUCCUUUCUUGUCUCAGUCGCUCAUUUAGCAUCAUUGGAGAGAACGGGAUAAAAAGAGCCACUUUUUACAUUUGAUGAU